AUGUUACCUUUCUUUUACUUGCCUGUUGAUUAUAUUGAGACAAAGACAGUCAAACUACUCAUCUAUCUACUGUACUAUUCAGAUGAUAUUAAUUUGGUGAUAACUGGUUCUCGAAUGGCACUUCAUACGUCAGUCGAAACAUCGGAAGGGUUGAUCGACAAUCAAAAGAAUCCGAACAAUAUAGUUAGUGAUGCAACAAAAUCAAACUUACAUGAAUAUGAAAUAAAUAGAAAAACUUAUCCGAAGCGAAAUAAUCGAACAAAGCUAAACUAUCGUGAUCUUCAACGAGGAAUGUACGGAGAUAUGUACGAAUCAAUGCAUUCACGUUGUAAUUCGAAUCGACCACAACAAAAAUAUGAGACUAUUGAUCUAUCUCUUGAUGAUGAUGACGACGACAAUGACGAACAGGAUCCUUUGUUUUUAUGUUAUAAACUAAAAGAUGAUAAAAAAUCAAUGCUUCAGUGUAGUUCAUGUGCUAAUUGCGAUGAAGUGACACAGAAUCAUCAAGCGAGUGUAUCUAAAAGAACGAGGAAUUCAGCCAUUUGUCCAUCGUGUCAAGACAUCUCACGUCCAGUUCUACAAUCCACAAAAUCGUGUGAUGUAUCUGUUGCUACUCAACGAAAACAUUCCGAUUUAGUAUAUCAGAAUUCGAAAAUCAAGCAAUGUAGAGUUCUUGUGGAAUGCCUUUCUCAGGAUGAAUCUACAAAAAGAUUUAAAACCGAAUCAUUUACCAAAAAUGAAAAUUAUUGUAUUGUUCGUACUUGUGAGAAUCCAUCGAAAUUCGGCUGGAUCUACUGUUCAUCAGCUUGUAUUCGUCGUCAUAUUAAUGACACACUUCAAGCAAUUCAACGAAGCCAAGGAACAACUAACGAACAUAUUCCAACUCGAAGUGAUAUUUUACUGUAUGACAAUAAAAGUAAACAGACCUUAGACACGAAUUCAGUACCGGAAAUCGAAGAUCUUUGUGUUUGGUUAAACCAACAUCCUACUUACGAACUCAGAAGAUCUUCUUCAAAUCAAUCGAAAGACUCGAUACAAUCAUCAUCCUCAUCGUCCGUUAAUACAAAAAAGUUCAAAUUAUCGUCGUUAUCAAACGUAACACAACAACAAUCAAUCAAAUCAAAAUCAAUUUUACCGAAAAAGAAAACAGUUAAAGCUUUGAAAGUAACUAAAACUUCCACAGAUCCUACUGCUGACAUUCGUUGCAAAGUUCCCAUCGCAUUAUAUGAUAAAAUCAUCAUGAGACUAGAAAAAAAUGGUGAACAGUCUCUAAUCAAUGAUGAUAUUCGAACACUUGUCUAUCAAAUCGAAGAAGAAAUGUAUACUGUCUAUGGUAAAGUUGAUAAUUCUUACAAAAAUAAGUUCCGUUCAUUACUCGCCAAUGUCAGUAACAUGACUAAUAACUUCUUUUAUAAACGAAUUAUUUCGAAAGAAAUCACCGCGAAACAGAUUGUUUCAAUGAAGGCCGAAGAUAUGUUACCGCCAGAAGUCAAAGAGAAACGUAAAGAUCAAUUCGAAAAAGAAGUUCAAAUGAUUAUGAAAGCUGAACAACAAAAAGCGGAAGAAUUGGCACGACGAGCAAGAGCGAAAACUAAUCGUUCAGAUCUAAUCGACACUUAUUCAUUUGCACCAACUUUUACAGCAAAAGAACAGAGUCCAUCAAAGGAAAAAGUCACGGAAACUAUUGACGAACAACCUGUGAAUGCUUCCAUGACAAAAGAUCAGCAUGAUCUACCAGUUUCUCCUGUAAUACCUCUUCCUACAGCACCGGUAUCAAAAGCAGUGGAUUCAAGCACAACAGUCAAAUUUUCAUCUUCUCUUCCAGUACUUGAUAAGAAUCAUAUUGUCUGUUCAGAAAAUGAUUCCGACAAUGAUUACAUUGACCCCGAAAGUCCAACAGGCGCUGAUGCACUGAUUUAUGAUGAAGACGAAGAUGAAGAUGAAGAUGAGAAUGUUGGUGAGAGUGGUGAUGAUACUGUAUUCAUUAACGAUAAUUGCUUCCAAUCGAGUGUAUCAUGUCAGCCCAUGCAUCUGGAAAAUUACAAUCCAUUACAAACUGGAAUGCAAACAUCUUCAACAUCUCAAUCGGAACCUUACUCGGAUCUGCAGCAUCAAUGGCGAGGAAUGAUUUGUUCGACUGAUGGUCAAAUACCUUGCCGAUCUGUUCAUGCUUAUGGUGAUAGUAAUCAUCUAAUCAAUCAUAUUCCCGAACAACUGAUUGUCAUCGGUCGCCUUCGAUUGACAGAUCUUUGGGAUUAUGUUCAAGAAUCGAUCUUUAUUCGGGAUGUAUUGAUCUUAACACUUACAUCGUCGUCAUCAUUAAAUCCUCGAAAUAAUGACUUGUUCUUGCAAUAUAUUGAUACCAUACAAACAACCCGACGAGCUGCUGUCAUUAGUAAAUACACGAAAGCAUCACAUAUUCGUGAUAUGUAUAUAUUACCAGCUGAUACAAAAGAUUGUCCCACAAGUGUCAUAUCAUCUCUAUUUUUGCCAACAACAUUCGAAGCUAAACAGUUAUUUCUUGUAGCUAUCGGCUCGGCACGAAAAACUCCUAAAUCAGUUGUUUAUCUCAAUGACUACUUAUCUGUAAAUCAUUUCACAUAUAAACCAAUUGCCUUACAGGAUGAAACAGUUACACGAGAUCCACGAUUAACUAAAAGUAGAGAUCCAAGGUUGAAUAAAAGUAACGCAAUAAACGAAAAUGUUGCUCUAUCAGCAACAGUAACAGCUGACGACACGGCGAAAUAUUCUCAGUACACCAAUGAUGAACUAUUAAACCUAACGUCCGGCGCCCUUGAAUUGAUCCGUCAUUCGUCAACGAUUAAAAAUAUGCAUUCGAUUGUCGCGUCGACAAGUGAAAUAUUAAAAGCCAAUCAACGUGUUGAUCUACACAAUAGUUUUCUCAACGAUUAUGUGAUGAUCUUAGCUGAGCGGCAAAAAACAUAUGAAAACGCACUGAGUCCACCAAUAACUGUACCCGGCGAUAAUUUAGUCGAGGAAAAAAUGGAUGUUGUCGAUGAUGAUCAAGAUACUAAAGAACAGGAACAACUGCUUCCAAGUAGUAACACGAAUCAAUCUUUACCAUCAAAUGAUCAACCGCGUAAGCCACGGCAAAAAUCACGUUUCUCCGACAUAUUGCCAACCGAUGCUCACCUUUUUGAAAAACCCCAAUUAAACGCUGGACUACAAAAACUCGAUAAAAACUUUGCAGCCGAUAACAUGAAACUUCCUCAAAUCAAAUACACGAAUAAACCGAUUCUACCAGUUAACUCACUGACCAGUACAGAAAAACGUCCUCAUUUCGGUGGAAAUUUAUCACUAAGAAAUAACAAUGCAAUGAAAUCAAUCCGAUCCACUCCAACAUUUGAUCCUGCCAUGCAACAACAACAACAACAAAAAUCAAAGAAUAGAUAUUCGAACCAGCAGAAGAAAAGAAAUUUCAAAAUAGAGAGUUCCUCUAGUCAUGUACAAGGCCGGAACAUGAGCGCCGGCAUUUACCCCAAUCGACAACACUUUGAUAAUUUAAGUUAUAUAUCGGAUGGUCGGGAUCGAAUUUCAUAUGUCAAUGAUCCUUGUGCUCCUUCAUUGCAUGGUGUCGCACUCGAUAGAAAUUCCGUUGUUUUACGUCCUUCUGAAUUGAAUCGAGAUAGAAAUCCUAUUUAUUCGUAUCGAUCCGGUCAAGAAAAUAUCUACGGUUACAAUAAUGCAGCAUUUAGUGAUAUCAGUGGCGCAGAUUCGCGCAAUCCUUCAGUUAGAUCACCACGAACAGAUUUAUACGCACUUCAGAAAGUAUUCGAAACGCCGAAAAAUAAAGGAAAAGCAUCGAGAAUAUGUUCGAAAUACUGGUACAUAUUUGUUAUCUUAACUCUCAUUAUCCUUGUCGCUCUUGGUGUUGGCAUUGGUUUAGGAGUGUUUUACGCUAAAAAUAAAGCUAAACAAUGUCAUUUAUCAUGUGCUCCACACGAGCAACUUAUUCAUUUGAACUCAACUCAUUGUGAAUGCCAAUAUAUUGACAAGUGUGAAACCGAACCAGAGAUAUGUCAUCCAUUCGCUUGUAUUACAAACAAUGAAACAGGUUAUGCAUGCCAAUGUACAGCAGGCUUUCAACAUCCACCUAUCAAUAACGAUUUAACGCAAUGUCACGAUAUUAAUGAAUGUGAAAUUCCAAACAUUUGCAGUGAGAAUCAAAUAUGUAACAACACAGAUGGAAGCUAUUUCUGUUCCUGUAAGCCAGGUUAUGAAUCGAUAUCGACAUCGAAUGGGACUGAAUGUCGUGAUAUAGAUGAAUGUCUCAAUGGAAGUCGAUGUUCCAAUGGUUAUUGUGUAAAUAACAAUGGUAGUUUUUCAUGUAAAUGCCUUCCAGGUUUUAUACCUGAUAUAUUUCAUCCGUGGCACUGCGAAGACUUUGAUGAAUGUUCAUCAUCGAAUAAUUGUACAGGAAUUAAUGAAAUAUGCAAUAAUACUCUCGGUUCAUAUCAAUGUAUUUGUGCCCAGGGAUAUCGACGAGAUGCCAAUGGCCACUGCAUGAAUAUUAAUGAAUGUGAAGAAUUAUCCGCAGCUUGUGAUACAAAUUCAAGAUGUGAAGAUCGAAAUGGUUCAUUUGCAUGCUGUAUGAAAACUAUAACAAAUGAAUGUAUCGAGUGCGGUUAUGAUUAUAGCAAUGCCAGUUCAGUCGGUAUGUUAUCAUUCGCUUCCCUUAAACUACCCGUGACAACUAAACUACCUCGGAUGAUGACGUCGCUUGCUAUUGCUAACAUUCGCUCACGAUUAAACGCUAAAAAAAAUUCAAUGAAAAAGAACCAAUCGAAGCAUGUCGGUAAUCAUGUACGAAGAACUCGAAUGAUUGAUGGACAGCCCGUUGCUGCGGGACAUUUUCCAUGGGUGGCUGCAUUACUAAUCAGACACGAGUAUUACAAUAGUGAACCACGUUAUGUUUGUGCGGCUUCUUUAGUUUCCAGUUGGAAUCUCAUUACUGCAGCACAUUGUUUGGAUGAAACACAUUUCCGCAAAGAAUGGAACUUGACCACUUAUCCGAGUUCAUUUAAAGAUAUAUUUGAUAUUCGUAUUGGUGUACAUAAUCUUAGUUUGAACAGUACAGAGUUUCUGAACAGUCAAUCGUAUUCAAUUGCUAAUUUUACCUCACAUAAGGAUUAUGAACCAUUGGACAGCGAACAUGCCGUUGUGAAGAACGAUGUGGCUUUAAUUAAAUUAACGAAACGUAUCGAACGUUCGGUAAAUAACGACUGGCUAUGCUUACCGACGAAAGUCAAUGUUUAUGAUCAAGACAUCUUGAAAGUUGUAUCAUAUAGUAAUACGGAGGACCAGUCGAUUAAACAACAAUUAAAUGUUCGUGCACUUGAUAAUCCUCAAACUCAAAAUGAAUGCCAACGACAACUAAACAAUAUUGCUGAAGAUGCUUUCUGUGCGAUAAGUGUCAAUGAUUCAAGUUUUCUAGGACUGGGUGAUUCAGGAGCAGGUGCGACGUUAUUAACAACUAAUCAUCGUUGGCAACUUGCUGGUGUCAUGUCGAAAACAGGUGUUCAAAAAGCAUAUUCAGCCAUGACUAACGUAUCGAUGCAUAUAGACUGGUUACAGUCUCUAGUAGAACGAUAG